CCUCUCUAGCCUAAUAGCAGUUUAUUCUAUUUAAUAACCCCCGCAAAACAAAAACAAAGAUCGAAAAUCGUUAACUACUUUCUCUCACUUUCUCAGUUCAAGAAACUUCACCGGAAAAAGAAACACUGCAAGAUGUGGAAUCAACCGUACGGAAAAUCCGAUGUGGAAAGCGGCGCACGGCCGCUGUACCCGAUGAUGCUUGAAAGCCCCGAACUACGGUGGUCUUUCAUCCGGAAAGUCUACGUCAUCAUCGCCAUCCAAUUACUCGCCACCAUCGCUGUCGGCGCCGUCGUCGUCACCGUUCGUCCCAUUUCGACGUUCUUCGCCACCACCAACACCGGUCUCGCUCUUUACAUCGUUCUUAUUUUUGUCCCUUUGAUCACGUUGUGUCCGCUUUACUCGUAUUAUCAGAAGCAUCCGGUUAAUUACUUUCUGUUGGGGAUUUUCACUCUUUCGCUUUCGUUUGUUGUUGGAUUGAGUUGCGCUUUCACUAGCGGAAAAGUUGUUCUGGAAGCGGCUAUAUUGACUGCUGUGGUGGUGAUAGCUCUGACUCUUUACACAUUUUGGGCUGCAAGUAGAGGCUAUGAUUUCAACUUCCUUGGCCCUUUCUUAUUUGGUGCUGUUAUGGUUCUUAUGGUCUUUGGUCUGAUUCAGGUUUUCUUUCCAUUGGGGAAAAUAUCUACUAUGAUCUAUGGUUGCUUGGGAGCAAUUAUAUUUUGUGGCUACAUCCUUUAUGAUACAGACAACUUGAUCAAGAGAUACUCCUACGACGAAUUUAUUUGGGCUUCUGUUUCUUUGUAUUUGGACAUCAUCAACCUUUUCCUGUCUCUGCUCACUAUUUUCAGAGCAGCUGAAUAGUUGAAAUCCUUGUUUUUCUCAGUACAUACUACUUGUUUACUUUAAGGUAGUGGGUGGUUUUUGAAAUUGAAUUCUUAUCUGCUAAUAAAUCUCUAUGGCCUCCCAGCUGCCCUUGUUCUUUGUACUGGAUAAUUGUUGUUAAGGCUGUUAAUACAUACUAGUAGUUAAUUACGAUUUCA